ACAAAAUAAUGGAGUUAAACAAAACACAAUAUUUUUCGAAACUGAAAAUUAUUUAUAACGCGAAAUAUAUCACUACAAAAGUUAAUAACUGAUAAUGAAAAGUGUUCAUGUUUUCCUCCGUGGCCUCCUUGACCGGCGCAGUGAACUUCGAGAUCUAUUUUUGUCACGCACCAGUAAACAAGCAAGAUGGCCCGAGCCAUGACAAAUGUAACAAGCGGCUGACCGUGGCUUGAAAACUUUGACUUUCGCCGUCGCCCAUCUAAAUUUUUGUUUGGUGAUGGUCAGGGUAAUGUCUCUACUCAAUAUUCUCAGGCAAAAGUACAUAUACCAACAGGUCUGAGACCAGCCUGACCCAUCAUUCAUGAACGGAUUUGGCGUUGGACGGCAGAUGGAUGACACAAUGUUCCACCCCAAUGGCCGAAGCACUCUGAGCAGCAACGAUGACAGGGACAGAGAUUCCUACUCCUCAUCUAUCUGUGAGAUCACAGACUGCGAGAGUCGAGACAGCUCCAACCUCUACCACACCACAACCGUUCUGCGAGUGUGCCGGCAGCAGGUGCUGAAACCAUACUGGAAACUGCUCUUUGUUAUUGGCUGGCGACCGUUUGGACGAGACCGCAUCAACUACCACUGCGGCUGGAAGGCGCUGAACGUGAUCUACCCUCUCCUGCUGGUGGCGCUCAUGUUCUACGUCUACGCCUACCGCAUUCUGUCUUGCCAAGGGAAGUACGACGUGCCACUGAUUGUCCCAUCGACGGAUAUUUCACCAACGAUUGUGCCGCAUGGUGGGAGCAACGUCACCACUCCCAUGAGCUUCACCAUUGAGCCAGCAGCAGAGACCUACCACAUCUGCACCCAUCUCAUCUCCUCCUAUGUCUUCCCCGAUGUCCUGCACUUCCUGGCAUUCUUGCUUGGCUUUUGGUAUUUCCGCAUCCAAGACAACGAACAGAUGGAUGCCAUGAUCCAGCAGGCUUUCCUACAUACCACGCCGAUACAGCAUGGCACCAACACGCAGUCCACCAUGAUCCGGGCAAUGAAGUGGAUUCUGAUUUGUGGGGCAUUGUGGGUAGUCGGCAUGAUGGGAGUUCUUGCACUGUUUCUCACUGCUUUUGGACUGGAGAGCACCAUCUACCCAUUCUUCUCGGUGCAAGCUUGGAACAUAGUCUUGCUGGGUGUGAACGUGUUUGGCUGCCUCAUCUACAACUCCAUCAUCGCGGCGGUUGUUGUCAACUACACAGUGCAAUGCGAGACCAUCAUCUGCUUCAUGCGGAGCAUCCAGGAGCAGCUGCUAGAGAAGACAGGGGACCUGCGGAUGAUCAUGCACGACAUCCUGAAGGUGUGGCAGGCUACCCAUCAGCUGAACGGACCCAUGGCCAACAUGAUGUCCCUGUUGGUCUUUAACUUUGCUGCGAUGGUCGUUGUAGGUGUAAGCCUGCUGCUGUUCCAGAAUCAAACCGAGAUCAACCCUCUGGUGCUGACGUAUCGUGUGUGUUUCUUUCUACUGUGGUUGGUCAUCCUGGUCUUCCCGUUCGUGCAGGCUGCCAGAUUGAGUUCCAUCUACAACAAAAUCGAGCAAGCGGCACUGGAGAUGCGAGUGUUUGGAUACCUGACCAGCACACCGCGGGAUCUGGACUCUUUCUUGCAGUUUGUGACCCUGGCCAAGUACAAGGUGCGGCUCCUCUUCAUCCCCGUGGACAAGUCCCUCGUCUAUGGCAUCCUCCUGCUGACGACGUUCCUCCUCAUCGUCCUUGUCCAGACGGGGAUCAUCGUGGCGCCCUCCCUUUACCUGUAGGCCGCAAUCAACCGGGGACCAAGCACGGGACAACCCCUCCCCCCCCAAAAAAAGGCACAAGAAGUAAGUAUUUAUUUAUUCCACAUGAAAUGUGGAAUGGACUAUUUUAAAAAUAAGUUGAGCAGGAAGAAGAUGGGACUCCACUGUUGAGUCACUGGGAAAACUUGCGAUUGAGUAUAUGAUGACCGAGUGAGUUUGGCAUCUCAACUACGCAUACGCACAUCAAGAUCUGAACUGUUUAUUUUUUCGAUCAUGGAAAAAAAUAUAAAUUAAGUUACAGGACGUGAAAUGUCGGAAAACUGCAGACAGAACCAGAUUUAAAAGUCCUUUCCACGUCCCAACUGAAGUAAAGUGAGCAGUAUUUUCCAGUGUGCUGAAAUUGAUAUUUCCGAAUGGUGACUCAGAAAAAGUGUGUCAGGCAUUAUGUUGCAACAAAAAAAUUCUUCCAUUGAAACUUUCGUGAACUGUAAAGAUUUUCUGGUAUUGAAGUAUUAUUUGGCAUUCCAAGAAUGACUUUGCAAUUUUAAAUGAAAGGUUUUCCUUUUUUUGUGUGACUUGUUUUGUAAGAAAGAUCCAGGUGUUUAAACAGUUAGCAAAUUAUAUUUGUAAUACCUGUUUUUUUUUAAUACUUGUACUCUCUGUGGGGACUUUGUACCCCUGAGUCCUGCAAGUCUUUUUCCCUGUCGAGCAAAUUUCCAAUGGCAAAAUGUGAACUGUUCCCUAUUGGUUUAUUUGAAUUUUCUCCCUUGGCUCAAACUUGAGCCGAACAGAAAACAUUUGCCAAGAAAAUGUUGUUGGCAUGCCCUAUUUUUAUUUAUCUCUUUUUUCCAAAUGGAAAUUUUUUGUAUUUGUUUGUGCUAGACGAACAAUGGAAAUAUCCGAAAAUGUAUUUUAAUUGAAUUAUGUGAACUGUUAUCAACUUGAAAAUAAUGAUCAAAGUUAGAAGAAUUUUGCACGAGAGUAAAGGCAAUGUAAUGUGUAUUUCGUUCCUCCCUUUUAAAAAGGUUACUGUCAUCACAUCUAUUUACAUAGUGCAUUUUUGUAUUUAGCCCUAAAAAGUAUAAUAUAUAUUUAUAUAAAAACGAAUAGUUGUCAAAUGUAACAGCGGGGUUAGGGCUUUCUUGGUGUACAACCCUCUGGAUUCUGAUCUAAUACUUCCUGUUUGGUAUUGUGUGCGAUCUGAAGCCGUGAUAAAUGUUAGUAGUAUUGUUCACAGGACAAACUGCUUGGUACAGUUUAUUUGUAGGAGUGUAGGCCAAGUCACGCCAGGCGUUUUUCAGCAGGUGCCCGCUUCAAGGCAUCUCGUGAAUGCACAGCAUGCUGUAGUCUUGGCACUAGUCGUUCUCAGUCGGGCUGGUACGGUAGAGGUUUUUUUUUUUAAAUCUGCUGUACAUUUGUUCUGUACGUUCGCAUCUGUGCACUGACUCAGUCAAGUCUCUCUAACAAGGAAAAAGUCUGGACCCAUUGAUCGUGGCAUGAAAACAACUCCCCACCCCACAGUCACAUUAAAAUGCUCACUUCUUAUUCAGCAUACAUGCUAAACAGUACUUAUGUCUCCAGCUUUUGUGAAUGGACAGCAAUUGCCGGAUUUGGCAUUCCCAAGAAAUAGUUGAGAAAAAUGGAGCCAUGGAGUGACUUUUGGCUUAUUGGAAUUGAUGUAUUUCGCACGGUACCCCGAGUCCUUCACGUGUAGACCGGUGGGCAUCCUCCGAGAUAACCGUUGCUCAAUCUCAGGUGUAUGUUGUUGGAUUACAAAUAAAACUCCAAAUAGAGUGGACAGCUUUUUUCAUGCAAAUGAAUCUUAAUCUUGCCCGUCUGUGAACAGAAAUAGCUUCUCCUCCAGAAAUACAUGUAGCCUAUAUUAUUAAAUGAUUAUCCUGAGGCCCCCUCUUGUAUGCGAGAAAAGAAGGUUGAAUGCGACGAGUAUAAACCAGUUAUGAACCAACAUUGGAACGACACUGAACCUGUGUUGAGGAAAUUGAAUAUUUCAGUGAAACCUACUAAAGACCGCUCUUAAGGUCAAGUGUCAAUUUUACGUACGUAUGUGUACUUCCGUAUUAUACACCAAAACAAGCACGCACGCGUGGUUGCUGGAUUGCUGAAGGGAGGUUGACAAUUAACAUGCGCAAUCUGUGCCUGAAUUCACAAAUUGUUCAUAACUUUUUGAAAAGGAAAACAAGAAACAGGGAUUUUUAUUUCUGACAUGAAUACGUAUCCACAUUGUUCACCAGAACUUCCUGCUAUGUCACUUGGGGUGAUUUUGUCGGAGAGAGGAGCAUAAUCAGCUCUUUUCCCCCCUACGCAUGAAAUUAAAAAACCAUCAAAUCUGCGGAUGUGUAAGCAGAUGAUUCGGCUUAGUACCCUGGCUCAGUAACCUAGGGGAAAGGAGGGUUCGUACACACCUUUGAUUAGACUGUUCACAUGGUUUCUUCUUGCCAAAUUUCCCGUAGGUGUUUGUCCACGUCUGUGCCCCAUCUGACAUGGGCCUCAUAAUCGAGAGAUUUUUAUUUGUCCACACAGAGUCAUGCCUCUUUCUGUUAAAUCGAAGCGUCUUGCAAGCGAAGACACAAUCUCAAGAGUAAAAGGGAUAGUUUCUGUAUUCAGAAUCUAUUUGUAGAGCUGGUUAUGUGCUGCAAAAAGUUACCUGAAAUUUAUGGCAGACGCUUUUGAAAGGCAGCUCUUUCCUAAGUUUGAACACUUGGGUACAACUUUCUGUAGGAGUGUUGCUGCUUGAGCAACCAUGCAGCUUGAUCCACUGAAGCCAAAACGAAGAAUUCAACUUUAGUCUUGGGCGAAACUCAUUGUAGAAAAAAAACCACAAGUUUCAUAUUUAUUUCUUUUAGAUUGAAUAUUCAUGUUACUGUCUCAACGAUAAAUAUGAUCCAGUGUGUAAAUUUGUGCCUGGAAUAAUCAACAGAUAUACCAACAAUGACGAUUGAUUUGGACUGUAGAGAGUCACGAGACCAUGUGAUAACAGAGACUCCAGUGCUCGUGCGAUUAUUGUUUUGUAAUUUUUGUACGUUUUCAAUUUUGAGAUGAAUAUAUUGCAUCGUACAUGUGCCGAGACCUCUCCUUCGUACCUGGCUUUGUAGGCAAUUUAAACCGUAACCCUGCUCACAUCCCUGGGGUAAAAUGUAGGCUUAAAUGCACACUUCUUUUCAGAUUUGUUUCAAAAGGCUAAUUCUGUGAGGACCGUGCAGUGUAUGUUCCGAUUAAUUUUCCAGUGGUACGGUACCUGGCUUGAAGCCACGGACGUUCGUACUAUUAUGAUAUAAAAUGUUUGGAUUUUUUUGCAAUAUAUCUUCAAUAUAAAAGAGAAUUUGUAGCAAUC